AGAGGAUGCUCUGUUUCAUCAUUCUGAAAGCCAUGACUUCUCUCCCCAUCUCCUUCCUUCUAACUCUCUGCCUACUCGUAAUCCCAUCUCUCUCAUCCGACUCUGACCCUUUACAAGACUUCUGCGUCGGCGAUCUCAAAGCUCCUCCUUCCCUCAAUGGCUUCCCAUGCAAGUCAUCAGUCUCCGCUUCUGACUUCUUCUUCUCCGGCUUAGGCAUUCCUCUAAACACCUCAAACCGUAACGGCGUAGCCGUGGCCCCCGCCAACGUCCUAACCUUUCCUGGCCUAAACACUUUAGGACUCUCUAUGAACAACGUCGAGUUCGCACCAGGCGGUGUGAACCCUCCUCACUCGCACCCUCGUGCAACAGAAGCAGGGGUUGUGAUCGAAGGCUCUGUUUUCGUCGGGUUCUUGACUACGAACAACACUUUGUUCUCGAAGGUUAUACAUGCCGGAGAGAUGUUUGUUGUCCCUAGAGGGUUGGUUCAUUUUCAAUGGAACGUUGGUAAAGGGAAAGCACGUUUGAUAACUUCUUUUAACAGCCAGCUUCCAGGAUCGGCUGUUCUGCCUAGUACUCUGUUUGGUUCUAUGCCUGAGAUUCCAAACGCUGUUUUGACCAAAACGUUUAGGACUGAUGAUGCAACUGUGAACAAUCUCAAGUCCAAGUUUGCUGUUUGAGAGUCUUUUGUUUUUAUGUUUUCUGAAUUAAAUGAUAUUUUUCAAUUCUAUUUUAUUGCAAUAAUGGUGUACAUUUGUGUAAUAAUAGUU